AUGAACUUCUAUGACGAAAUAAAUGAGUUACUCUAUUCUGAUGACAACAUCCAGGUUUUUCAAAAUAACAAUAACAAAGAAAAUAUAAUGAGUGAUACAUCUGAUAAAAUUAAACCAGAAGUACUAGACCUGUUUAACAAUGAUUUUGGAUAUUUAUCCAAUUAUUCUGAAUUGUCUCCAGAUCCAGUAGAUAUAGAUGCUACUGACAGAUUUCAAUAUUCUGGAUACAAAUCUGAUAAAAUUGAAGAUAUAAUAGAACCUCAUUCUUCGAAUUGUAACAUAAGUUUCACAUCUGAUUUUUCAAACGAAAAUAAAGGAUCUAAUUUUAAUUCUCCUUCUAGUGUAUAUUCAAGUCAGAAUAGCUUAAAGAAUGGGAAGACAGAAGAUAUAUUUGUUUUAAAUUCUCAAAAUUCAACCAAAUCCUCGAUUCCAAUUUCCUCUGCCAUCCAUCAUAUGUCACUCUUAACUAACCUUGUGAAAGAGAAUUCUCGGAAACAGGAAACGGUGACAAAAUUACCUGCCCUAUCACCAGGAUUAUCUCAUGAUAAUAAAAAAAAUGUCCUUGAUACAAUAGUAGACAUAAAUAUGAUUAACGAAUUUCCAGAAUUAGAACUCUUUCAAAUGGAUUCAUACAAAAAGAUAUUUGCAGAAAAAUCUAAAUUUGAACAAAUACCUAAAGUUGCGAAACCGUUAGUUGGUAAAACACAGAAGAAAAAGGCAAAUAGAAAUUUCAAUGAAAAAAGUAAAUAUGAUAAAGAUUUAACUAAAAUGGUGAAAAAAAACAGACUUUGUCAAUCAAGAGGUGGCCGUUUAAUGACACCAGUUAGUCCCAUCAGUUCUAAUAUGUUAACAGAUUUUGAUAGUUCCUUGGUAGAGAAAAUAAAAAAUGACAAUUAUUUAUCCGCUGUGGCUUCAAAGAAACAAAAACGUGGAAGUUACAGAUGUAAUCACUGUCCAGAGAUGUUUUCCACUAUAUUAGAAUAUGCAGAACAUCUAGACAAAUACCGUAUUAGAAGAAAAUAUAAUUGUCCAAUUUCUAACUGCCCUUGGAAAAUUCUUGGUCUUCCUGGAAGAUCUGAUCUGAGGAGACAUUGUGCUAUACAACAUAAGGAUGAACUAGAUGACCAACUCCGUGCUUCUUUGAAUUUAAAAGAAAGUGUAUAUGUGACUACUGCAUGUCCUAAUAAAUAUUGUCAUAAAACAUUUAGAAGAAAGGAUGCAUACAAUAGACAUGUUAGCAUUGUCCACAAUAUGCCCGGCUCAAGAUUUAACAAACGUCUGGCAGCUAUAUUAAAAAGAUGUCCUAGUAAUUUAAUAACAGAAGAAGAAAGAACAAAUCAUAUAAUACAAGCCAUGAACAGUGGUGCUAAAUAA